AUGAAGAAAUUUCAAGAAAAUAAGACAAUCUACAAAAAUAAAGAUCGUAACAUAAUCAGCCAAGCUUUAGCUUUAACCAGAAACAGUAAAACGCCACCCUCAUCAGCAACAGGAAGAACUAGUAGAGAUUCCGCUGAACGAACGUCCACACCCCAACCAGCCCUAUCGUCUACACCCUUAGAUAACACAGUGUCGCCCCAUUCUGUCAAGGAAGAAUCUUCUUCAGACCUAAGACUAAAACAACAAGUAACGAACGAAAUAACAGGACCAGGCAUCCUUUUAGAUGAAGUUGAGGUAGCAAUACUGUCAUUCAAAGAUGAAAAGGCUGCUAGUCCAGAUGAAGUGCAGUCAAGGAUCAUCAAACUCUUUGAAGAUUUCAAAAAAGAAUUAACUAUGAUUUUCAAUGAAAUAUACAACAGCGGAAAACUACCCAAAGAAUGGUUGAGAUCAGAGUUUAUAGUUUUGCCAAAAAGGGUGCAAAAAAUGCAGUGA